AUGUUUAAAAGGACAGUGGCGGCAAUUCUCCAUCAGCCAAUGAUGCUAACGUUCAUCAUACUUUCUGAGUUAAUCAUCUCCACCGUUGUGAGGUCUCAAGAUUACUAUGACCUUGUUUACCCACCGCUUUGUCCUAAUGGAAAAAUGGACGAGUAUACCAUUGAUGAUUACAUUGUAAGAAAUCUCAACGUCAACUACCGUCUACAGCUUCUAAAAGGAGUUGAAAAAAUCGGAACUACAAUGCCAAAAGGGAAAGUGAUGAAAGCUCUGCAAUGGGAUUGUGAUCUCGAGCAAGCAGCUAUCAAUGCUUUCCCUGCCGAUUGUCCAAAAGACAAACCAGUUGCUUCCGCCAAUCAAACCGGAAUCUUUUACAGUUUGGACAUUGGAAUCCAACCCGACAUUCUCACGGCUAUGGACUUUUGGACGUCCGAAAAGAAGAAAGUCUCAGUAAAUGUGGACGGCACUGCAGUAAGAUACGUUGAUUCGAGCGUGACUAAUUAUCUCAAUCUUAUGCGUUCAACAGCAUCAAAGAUUGGAUGUGCGGAACAUACAUGCAAGGAUGGUGAUCUCUACAAAUUCAGGGCUUACUGCAUCACCAAUGCUCCACCGCUCCAAAACAACGAUGUAAUAUAUGAGGUCGGAAAUGGUGGUUGCUUGAAAGGUGACAACUGCCCAACUGGCAGCGACUGUGUCACUUUUGGACUUUGCAAGGACAAACCAUGAAUUGAGACUGCUAUUUUAUAGCGUAUGCAGUUUGAGAAAUAAAGG